AUGAUGCUCACACCAAAGCAGCCAGUUCACUACGGCUACCGCCCCGUCCAUGACCUACCGACACCACCUCGAUCCUCGCCCCCCGUGACUGUUCAGGAUUCUUCCCAAAAGCCACUACCAGCUCUUCCGCUGAAGCAGAGCCCUUCGGUCAAGCCCAUGUCGGCACCUCAUCGUGGCCUGCCGUUGCCGGCGGUCAUGACACUACCUCAACCACCGCCCUCUGGUCAUCCUCACCCACCCGCUCCAGGGCCGCCUUUGCAAGGCCAAGGACCGCCAGCUCCCUCUCCGCAUGGUCAGUCUCUCGGCGCCCUACCUGCGCCGCCACAAUGGCAAGGAUCGGAAGAAUCGAUGAGGAACUGGUUAAUGGCCAAGACGGAGGAGGAGAAGAGAAGGCAGGAGGAGGAGAAGACGCGGCAGGAGACCUUACGCCUAGAGCAGAGGAGAAUUGAGCACGACAUACUCCGGACUUCCCUGGAUCGUGGCAUUCCGCCCCCGAUGGUACCAGUGGUGUUUGCAGGGAUGAGUGGUGCAACACUGCCUCAAGCGGCUCUCGACUGGAUCCAACAACAAUAUCUGCCGCCACAGCAGGCGCAUCCCGCUCAACUGCUGCCAGCGCAGGGAGCGAUAUCGCCCGAACAGCGAAGAGACUCGCAACAGUAUGGGCCGUAUGCUGGCUCAGUUGGCGUUCCAUCAACUCCUGGAUCAGGGGCCGGCACGCAGGUGGGCUUUGUUCCUUACCAAGGUCCUGGGUCGCCUACGAGGCAGAGAGCGCACACGUUGAGCAUGGGUGGACCUGUGGGGAGACCGCUGGGAGGAACUGCGUUGCCACGCAUAAGAACGGGUGAGGGUGUCACUGAGCCGUCAAGUGCCCUUCACCCUUCCCAUGGGCUCGCGCAGCAAGCGGCGGCAUCACAACAAGAAACCCAGUCUCCAUCAAUCUACUUCCAUUAUUGGCAACCCCCAAACUCGCAAGCAGGCUCCAAUCAGCCCUCGGCGCCCUCUGUGGACUCGCCGAGGAAGCGGAAGGCGACCGGGCCGCCGCAAUCAGGACCUCCGCCGACGAGCCAGACGCGACUGAGAUCACCGCCUUUCGUGCAGCAAGGCGGUCCAUCUAUGUUAUCAAACCCGCCUCCCGGCCGCCGACGGGGCCAUUCGCGGCAGAGGAGUGACAUUUCCUCGUACCGAUCGUCGGGACGUGGUCGAGGGGAAGGUUUCGGGCCGCAUGGGGGUUUUUCGCCGGGGCUCGGCACGUCGAGAGAAGCUCCAACGGGCGAGUCGUCCCAGCAACAGCCUCGGAGCAGUGGUCACUCGGUUUCAUCCAUGUUGUCAGACCAGCCAUCGCCUCGCUACGUGGCAGAAAUGAGGGCGCAGCAAGGGGAAAGCGAGCGGCGCAAUUCCCCCAACGCGUCCGAGGAGAGAUCGCGUGGCGGGCCACCCCGCGAAAAUGAAUGA